GUAUGUGCUUUUCUAGUUUUCUAGGUGUGGUUUGAACCCUGUUUUAGACCCUGGAAGCCUAUAAAUUUCAGUCUGCCUGGUACUUUCACUCUCAUCGCUAUAAUAAUAGCUUAGAUCCUUUUAACACCGCCAAAAACUGAAAACCUUGACCCAAGGCCAAGGGCCAGAGCCUCCGUCUGUCACACACGCCCACAUAAACAAAAUAUGAGAUCAGCGAUGCCUCCUGUUACAAAGGGCAUGUGCCCUCCUAGUGAAGAUGACAGUGAGCUGAGAAGAGGGCCAUGGACCCUUGAAGAGGAUACUCUCCUAACCCAUUACAUUGCUCGCCAUGGGGAAGGUCGUUGGAAUAUGUUGGCAAAAUGUGCAGGUCUCAGGAGAACUGGUAAAAGUUGCAGAUUGAGGUGGCUGAAUUAUUUAAAACCUGACAUUAAGCGCGGAAACCUGACGCCUCAGGAGCAGCUCUUGAUCCUUGAACUUCAUUCCAAGUGGGGAAACAGGUGGUCAAAAAUUGCACAACAUCUUCCAGGAAGAACAGAUAAUGAAAUCAAGAACUACUGGAGAACAAGGGUGCAGAAACAGGCACGCCAACUUAAUAUUGAGUCUAACAGCAAGAAAUUCCUUGAAGCAGUUCGAUGUUUUUGGAUGCCAACAUUGCUUCAAAAAGUGGAGCAGACAUCCUCUUCUUCUUCUCUGAAAGAAAUGAGCUCCCAAAACUCGGCUCCUUCUGAUCAGUUAUUGGACUGCGCCAUCCCUUCAUUGUCAACAUUUUCCCCACUUCCAAACAAAAUCACAGACAGAUCAAAUCACUCCUUUGAAAAUUCAAGUUCAGUCACUAGCCAAAGUCUUUAUCCCACAGAUUUCAUCAACACUUCAGAGCAGACUGAAAUUCCUGAACACCUAACAAGUCCAAAUGUAUAUGGCCAUGCUACUGUCUACAACAAUAACCAAAUUGUUAACGCAAGUUACAAUAUUGACAGCAGUGGCUAUGACAUGGAGGGUUUCAGCCUGGCAUCCAUGUCAGCCGUGGGCUCCUACGAAGGAUCGCCAUCGGAAUGCCAGAUGGGCGAAGGCAAUUGGAUCUGUAAUGAGAUGACAGAUACUUUAUGGAACAUGGAUGACAUAUGGCAGUUCAGGGAGUUGGGAGAGUAGGGCAACUAGCCAGGGGCCGGGGAACUUAAAGUCUAAUGAUCCUGGAAAUCGAAAGGCUCCACCCCACAUGUCAAUUUGACUGAGAAAUCAUGCUGAUCCACAUCGGAAUCAAUGGUGUGUGAAAGUUUAAUACUGUGCAAAUAUGACCCAUCGUCAUAAGGAGAAAGUGAUUUUCGUGGAGAAUUUAUCCAUGUAGUAUGUACUACUGCUAUUGUUUUUACAGUUGGAAAGCACUGUAUAUUGAUUAAGACUUAUCUUUUCUUAUAUGGAUAUUAUGAUCAAAAUUUUCUAGUA